CCUGGAAAGAGGGGAAAAAACAGAACCUCCCACUCAGGUAUCUUUUCCCACUUCUCCCAUUUUACUCUCGGAACACUUGCACCUGGUUAGUAGGUAGCUGACGUCGGAGUUACCUUUGUUUUACAAGCAGAUCUCACAACUGUUGCAGCAUGACUGAGUCGGCUGAAGCCGUGGCAGCUGAUGUGACCAGCAAGAGGAGUGUAACCAUUGAAAUCACUAAUGUCACCAGUAACUACUGCCUUGUCAGUCCCAGAGCUUACCUUGACAAUGGAGAGGUAUUCAAUCCACCUCAACCGACGGUACGCCCCCUCAAGACAGAGGUGUGCACCUUCACCAAGUCUAGUGGAAAGGCAACCGGUAGCAUUGGCGUCCUGACCUACGAUCUUUUCGAGAGGUCCCAGAACGACAACAUUGAGACCUUGGCCAUCCUGUUUUCAGUUCCCUGGGACUACAACCUGUACAAGAACUGGUUCGCGGUGGGCGUCUAUAAAAAGGGUCGUAACUGCGAUAAGGAUCUGUUCAAAGAAAUGUACUACGAGAAGAAAGAGCUUGAGCACGGUUUUGUCAGAGCGCAAGCCAGUGGCUCAGGCAUCAAUUAUGCGGGUGACUACCUUGACAUCAGAGCCACGAUGUGUCCCAUGGGCAACGCCAUCUUGAAGGUGGAGAUAUGGGACAAGGUUUUCACACCCAUGGGACAGCAAGCUUAUUAGGACCGAAUCCCAGUAGCAGAAUCUUUCCUCUCAGUUAGUAUUUUUCUGCAGACUUAUUUCAGUCCAGUGAGCAUGCACACCUUAGCAGAUUUGCUGUGGCUGAUGUAUUUGUAUGACUUGGUAUUACAAUCCUGCUUGAGAUCAGAGUUUGUUUGUUUUUUUUAAAAUCCUGCCAAAAAUAUCCUCCUUUUUAUUGCGAAAUCCGCUCUAUACAAAUCAGUUUUAAACUGGCAUCUUUAGAAAAGGAAAUAAAAGCAUGGCUCCCUGAAGGAUGAGGGCACAUAGCUUGAUGAAAUACACAGAGACCCUGUUUGAGUGCACCUUGACAUUAUUCUUUCAGGAAUAAAAUAAACCUUUUUUGCUGAAGCUAA